AUGAUGGUGGAAUACAAAGGCGCGUUGGAUGUGAUUAGUAAAACUUUCAGGUCAGUUGUAGCUUGGUAUGAGAACUCAAUUUUUUUUAAUACGCUGUAGACUAGCUUUUAAUUUCUAGUUUCAAAUCCAUCUACAUUAAAUGGAGGUACAUGGCGGAGAACUGAGUCCAGCUUGUUGAGGACCGGAUCCAGUUUUUGGAUUGACUUCCAUUUAUGGCUUAGUGAUCAAGUCCACAUUUUCAGGAAAUAGGUAUUUUCUUCUUUUUCUGGUCUCCUCUCACGGAUGGUUCUUUUCAAAAUCUUAGGCAAGAAGGAGUAAGAGGAUUUUACAAAGGAUUGUUUCCAGUGUCCUCAGGUAAGGCAGAAUGUUAAGGAUAAAAUUGAUGGUACAAGUACAUUUGGUAAUAGGUUCCAUAUAAUCUAGAAUUGGCCAGGAAGGCUUAGUUGGAUCCCAUCUCUGAUUUUACGUGGCGCUUUGUAAAGAAAAGGGUCUUAAAAGACGAGUAAUCCCCAUAAGGUGUUUGAACUUAUUUGUACAUUCUAGUCUGUGAGAAACUGGGAAGAAGAGAAAAGGGAUAGAUACAGCUAGAGGCUACAAAAUUCGAAGUUAGUUUUACAUAGGUGUCAUGACAUUGUUUCCGUCAGUUAUAUGUUCGAGUACUUUGAAAUUAUUGAGAUACUUAUCCUUAUUGCAAGUUUUUGUGCUCCAUCUGAUGUGUUAGCGUAAGUUUUUGCGGUUUUUUUCUUUUUCUGAAUUUCGGAAAUCCAGCUACGGAGCGCUGUAGAAGAUAUUCAGAGACCGUAAUCUCUGUCAACACGUUCGUUGUUGGUUUUACUGUAUUUCGUCUGUUUGAAUCUUUUUUAGAGUAACGCCAGCGUGUGCACUCACAUUCGUGGUGUACGAAAACGUUAUUCACUCCCUUCUUCCAAACAGAUGA